AUGCAAGCUAUAAGGUCUCUGAUUAUGCCGAAGUGGUCAUCUGAUGUUUGCCUGAACGGGAAGACUGCUGUCGUAACUGGUGCCAACACAGGAAUCGGCAAAGAGACUGCAAAGGAUCUGGCUGCCAGAGUUGCAAGGGUGAUUCUGGCGUGCAGGGACAUGGCAAAGGGGGAGCAGGCAGCUCGAGACAUCAUGAGGGAUGUGCCAUGCGCCAAAGUCGUUGCUAGGCAUUUGGAUCUGGCAGACACAAAAUCCAUCUGCCAGUUUGCCGAGAAUAUCUACAACACUGAGAAAGCUCUGCACUACCUGAUCAACAACGCCGGUGUGGCUAUUUGCCCUUACUCCACCACCGUGGACGGCUUUGAGACACAGUUUGGAGUCAAUCACUUGGGUCAUUUUUUCCUGACUUUCCUGCUGCUGGACUUGCUCAAGCAUUCUGCCCCUUCCCGGGUCAUCACCGUUUCCUCGAUUGCUCAUUUAAUGGGCAGAAUCCAAUUCGAUGACCUGGGUGGUGAAAACAACUACUACCCAACGCGGGCCUAUGCUCAGAGCAAGUUGGCUAACGUUCUGUUUACCAGGGAGCUGGCCAAGCGGACAGAGGCAUUAGGAGUGAUGGCUUACUCAGUGGACCCUGGCGCCGUCAACACCGAGAUCACCAGGCACGUUGGGAGGCCGAUGGCAGACUUCAUCCGAAUGUUUUCCUCUCUGCUCAAGACCCCAGAGGAGGGUGCCUACACCACCAUCUACUGCGUGGUGACUUCUGAGAGCGAGCUGCUCAACGGGGGGCACUACAAGGACUGCGCUUAUUCAAAGGGUUGCUGGGCAGGUCGAGACGAUGGCACCGCUUUAAAGCUGUGGGCCGUCAGCUGCCAGCUACUGGGCAUCCGCUGGAGAUGAACACCCAAGGUGACACCUUUGAGAUCACGCUGAUGUUUCAGUGAUAAGAACAAGAAUGCCUGUGGUGGAAAAUUGAGGA